AUGGAGGCCACCUCCCCGCCUCAUCCUCCCACCACCGUCCGCCGGAACCCGCCCCGCCGCGCGAGGCCUCCCCCGACCCCGCUCACCGGCGCCAAACCCAAACCCUCCUCCCUCUCCCGCCUGCUCGAGGAUGAAGCAGCGUCCGCCGCCUCCGUUCCCCGCCCGCCGCAGGAGGACCGCCUCAAGGUCUUCCUCCGCAUCCGCCCACUCCCGGACCACCGCGACCGAAGCCGCCCAGUGCUCGCUGCCAUGGAGCCGCGCCGGAAGCCCAGGCAGGGCGGACCCGGACCCGGGGAGGUCUGCCUCGCGCCCACCGGACCCAACUCCGUCGCACUAACUGUCCCACGGUCGAAGCUCGUCGACGCCAAGCGAGGUCCACUUUCCUCCUCACAGCAUGAUAUCUUCGCGCAAGUCAUGAACCCUCUGGUGGAUGACUUCCUGGGUGGAAAGAGCGGCCUUCUGGUUGCAAUGGGCCCCACAGGCUCUGGAAAGACGCACACCAUCUUUGGUAACCCAAGGAAUCCUGGUAUACUGCCCCUCACGCUGAGGAGAAUCUUCGACGCACAAGGCGAAAACAAGGUUGCCAGGAAACCAGCAAGGUCAUUUUUCCUAUCAAUGUUUGAGAUACUUUCUGAGGGAAAAGGGGAACGCAUUCUUGACUUACUGUCUGAUGCUGUGGAGUGUGUUCUUCAGCAGUCAGUGAUUAAAGGUCUUCAAGAGGUUGCCUUUUCAAAUCCUGCAGAUGCGGAGAGCUUGGUUUCACGUGGUAUGCUAAAGCGCAGCACGGCUGCAACAAAUGCUAACAGCAACUCAAGGCAUGCUCUUGCUCUCCUUACAAAUAUGUUCGCUUGUUCUUUCGUAAUGGAUGUUUUUGUUCAGAAUACACUUGUGUACCUUGGAUUUUUUUUUUUUAAUAAUCAUAACAGACAUAGUGUUUCACUAGGUUCAAGGCUGUUAGAAAGUAACUUCAUCAACAACACAUCCAUGGUUUUCAGUCUCUGUUUGAGGUCUCUGUUAGAACAUCAGAAAAACCAGAAGAAGCCCUUGGAAAAGCAUUUCAAGAAUUCCAUGUUGACAAGGUACUUAAGAGACUACCUAGAAGGAAGGAAGAAAAUGACUCUGAUCUUGAAUGUGAAGCCAGGGGAUGAUGAUUAUUUGGAUACAUCAUUUUUGCUUAGACAAGCAUCUCCUUACAUGAAAAUAAAGUACACUAGCCUUGAGGACUCUUCUGACUUGGCUUCCCAAAAGAGAAUCAAUGUUUCCUUGAUUUGCCAAGAGAACAAGAAAAAAAGGAAGGUUCAGAAGCCUGAAGUCCUUGUGGUUGAAGGAAAGGAAAAUGUUGAUACAGAUGAUAUUUCUAAAGUUUCUGAAAAAGAUGGCACACAGCAUGUGUCUCUCAACUCAGAGAUGCCAAGAGUAUCCAGAAGCGAAGCAAUAAUGACAAACUUUGCCAGGGCUUUAUUGACUGUAUUAAGACAGUAUAAGCACAAACUUUUGGAGUCCGAGAAUGCUGCUGAAAGCAUGAAAGAAUUGUUUAGAGAUAAUGAUAUCCAAAUUAGAGAUAAAGAUAUCCAAAUUAUGGAGCUGAAAAAGGAGCUGGAGGCUGUAAAGUAUUGUUCAUGCAAGAGCUCUCCAAUAACUGAAGAUGACUCUGUUAACCAUGAUGAUUCUGCAUCAUCUGGUCAAGCUGCUCAGAGUUUGGUUUCUGUAUCAAAUCAACCUGACCUGGGAUCUUAUGAUGCUUCAGAAGAUAAUUUGCAUGUAGACGCACAAGAAUUGACAUGCUGUGGUCCUCAAAAUUCUUCAGCUCCUUGUAUCCUGAAAGGGGAAUCUGACAGUUGUGAUGCUUCGUCUGUUUCUUUGAUAGAUGAACAAGUGUGCUCCAGAGAUUUUAAGGUAGAGUUACAAGUGCUUCGUAAGGAAUUGGAUAGAUCUGAAAGUUUUACUGUGCCAAUACCUGCACACACUGGUGGUGCAAUGCCUGCAUCUAGCUAUUCAGAUCAAAGCUUGACAGAAGAUGAUGCACUUCUGUGCCUGAACACUGAAAAAACCAGGCUAUCUCCACAGUGUACUACUAGUAGCAAGACAGCUACCAUAGGGCAAAGUGAAGAAGAAACGGAAGAGUUGAGCAAGGAUAAGGAUAUUCAACAUAUUAAUAUAAGAGAAGAGAAGCAUCCUGAAUCUCGGAGCUCUUCACAGCAAGUGAUCUUUGACACAGAAGGUACCAGCUCCAGUGAGUCAUCCUUGCUUGGAACGGUUGCUUCUGAAACGAAGCUUGGGGAACUGAACCAGAAAUCUGAAAGAUGUGAACCCGCUGUAGAAAAGGCUACCGUGGAACUGGAGCAUGGUAUAGACUGUGGUCAAGCUCCAGACCAAAAGUGUGAUCAUGCCCCAGCGAAAGCUGCAAAGGCUCCAAGCAAGUGCAGGGAGGCAGAUGAAACUGCAGAUACAAAUAAGGAAGCUUUUGGGUCUAGGCCUGGCAGUAUGAAGAAAACCAGGAGGAGGUUACAGCCAGCUGCCGCUAUGUUGCUCAGGGAAUUCACUGGCGCUGACAUUGAUGCGGAUAACGAAAUGGAAGAAAGAUGCAGGUCAUCAUCCAGAUCCAGGGUGCCAACCGGGAGAUCAGAUGCACUUGUGCAACUUCUGAUGAAAGGCCGUCCAGGCGGUCCAGUCCGUAGAGCAUAG